AUGGGAAUGUCACGUUCAGCGAGGAUAACUCUUCUCCUCAUCAUUGAUGUUAUCUUCUUCUGGGUCGAACUCAUCGUUGGUUAUGCGGUCGGCUCGCUUGCACUAGUAGCUGACAGCUUCCACAUGCUCAACGAUGUAAUGAGCUUAGUGGUCGCACUCUAUGCAAUCAAGUUGACAGCACAGGGCUCAACGGACUCGCGAUAUUCGUAUGGGUGGCACCGCGCUGAAAUCCUCGCCGCUUUGAUUAAUGGAGUUUUCCUCCUUGCACUAUGCUUCUCCAUUUCCCUCGAAGCUAUAGAACGCUUCUUCUCAACCCCUGAAAUCUCCAAUCCUCGCCUCGUAGUCAUCGUCGGUUCUCUCGGCCUAGCGUCGAACAUUGUUGGAUUGUUCCUAUUCCAUGAACACGGUCAUUCACACAGUCACCCCACUCCUUCCACGCCUAGCAGACUUCCAAAACGCAAGCACACUCGUUCGCGAACAGAAUCAUAUUCCUCCUUGUAUGGCCACCCCGCAGCCACCCGUGCUUCCUUGGUCCAGACCGCGAACAAUAUCGCAUACACACGUUCCCCCUCACCUUCGCGGACCAGACUCUCGCUUGAUACCGAAGGCAUGCGUCGGAAUGCUCUAUCAACCGAUGAUAUACCAGUCAUCGCAGAAGCUGAUAGCAGCGAGAACCUCCUAGCUUCCCCUGCGAUCCACGAUUCAGAGGAUACUCCUUUACUCGACUCGGACUCCGUUGACGAUGAUUACCAUCACCAUUCCCAUGGCGGACACUCACAUGCAGGCUCAAUGAACAUGCGUGCUCUGCUGCUUCACGUCCUUGGUGAUGCCCUCGGGAACGUCGGCGUGAUCGCGACCGGCCUAGUCAUCUGGCUAACCGAAUGGAGCUUCAAAUUCUACUUCGACCCCAUAAUCAGUUUAGUGAUCACAAUUAUUAUAUUCUCUUCCGCGCUUCCAUUGGUGCGAAGCACGUCAUUCAUUCUCCUCCAAGGUGUUCCUUCCACCAUCUCGGUUGAGCAAGUUCGCGCGUCGAUACUGAACGUCGAGGGGGUCCUAUCACUCCAUGAGUUGCAUAUCUGGCAACUUUCGGAAACCAAGAUAGUCGCUUCAGUGCACGUCCUGACGUCCCGCAACCAUGAUUUCAUGCCAGUCGCGGUGAAUAUCAGAAAAGUAUUGCAUCAUCAUGGUAUCCACUCGAGUACCAUCCAACCCGAGUACCACCAUCCCAGAACAACCAUUCCGGAAGAAAAUCUCAAAACUAGCGCAGAUACUUCUUGUUUGAUUUUGUGCCCUCCUGACGAGGAAUGUACACACGAAAAUGCCUGCUGCCCUCCACCUCCAGUUGAUGUGUGA